UCAUCCCAACCAUCAGAAACUUCCAACAUGAAGCUCCAGCUUGUACUGCUCGCCACUCUCGUGACCGUCGCCGUCGCCCAGAAGGAAAAGAGGGAAACUUACACCAUCAAACUCGACAACGUCUACAUCGACGAGAUUUUGAAAAGCGACAGACUCCUCAGAAGCUACUUCAACUGCUUUAUGGACAGGGGACGUUGCACCGUUGAUGGAAAAGAUCUUAAAGAUAACCUCUCCGACGCCUUGAAGAGUGAUUGCUCAAAGUGCAGCAAAAAGCAAAGUGAAAGCAUUGAUAAAAUCAUGAAAUACUUGAUCGAAAAUAAUCCUACAUAUUGGAAUGACCUGGAGAAGAAAUACGACCCCACUGGCGAAUACCGUAAGAAAUCCGGUCUGUAAGAGGAACCACGAAAAAUUUGAUUUUGAUUGAAGAUUUUGAAUAAUGUAAACAUGCGCUC